AAGAAGCCGAGUCCACUAGCUUACCUGCAACAGGCUACAUCAACUAGUGCCGUUUGAACUGGAAUUCCAAAGACACAAACAUUACACUCCGAGUAGGAGGGGUGUACAAAGGUAACCACCGCAGACUUGGGAAGAUCUGCUUCGUACCAUGCGCACGUUAGCCUCCCACCUCACUUCUUAUUUGUGUAGAAGAAAACUUGGAUGCAAUGUACAGUCUCGCAGUUCCUCAUCAUUCAAUGUAAAAGAUGAGCUCUCCAUUGAGAAGGAUGCUGAAAGAAAGAUAGGGUGGUUAUUGAAACUAAUCUUUGCUGGGACUGCAUCAGCUGUUGCUUACCAGUUAUUUCCGUAUUUGGGUGAUAAUUUGAUGCAACAGUCUGUGUCGCUGUUACAUGUCAAGGAUCCUUUGUUUAAGAGAAUGGGAGCAUCUCGGUUAGCUCGUUUUGCAAUAGAUGAUGAAAGGAGGAUGAAAAUAGUAGAGACUGGUGGGGCUCAAGAGCUCAUAAAUAUGUUGGGGGCUGCUAAAGAUGACCGCACACGGAAGGAAGCUUUGAAGGCCCUUACAGCCCUCUCACACUCAGAUGAAGCUGUUAGAGCUUUACACCUUGCUGGGGCUAUCUCAGUUAUCAGGUCUGCCCCACAUUCCGUUGAGGAUGCAGAUGUUGAAAAAUACAAGUCAAGCUUGCUGAAGAGAUUCCAAGACCUAAGAUAUGAUGUUUCAUCUUGAGAUGUGACCAGGGUAUUUGCCUUUAACUUAAGUCUUCAAACACCAAUAGUAAAAUAAAGAAAAGUAUGUCUGCAUGUGCAAGGAACUAUGGUUUGUAAAGAUAAGUUAGAAUGCCUCCUCUAUCUUUUUGUUUAAUCUAAUAAGAAGAGUUUCAAAAUUUUGUUCUUUUUAAAAUUGGCUUUGUUUCUCGGCUAAACGAUUCUUUUUAUUCACUUCAUUUUCUGUGCUUUAUUUAUGUUGUGGGUGAUUCCUUGUAGAAAACUCUGACAGCAGGCCACAAUGGCAUUAGUGCAUGUUCAUAAAUCU